AUGGCUGCGCAAACCAGGCCAAUCCCGCUGAGAGUUCGGACCUGGGCUUUUGUGUCAAUUGUUACAAUCUGGAGUGCUAGACGUUAUUCUGACGCCGUACCCUCUGCCUGCAAUCGGCUGCUCGCUUGUCUUUUUUUGCGUGCAGAAAAAAAGGUAUCGUCCUCCACCGGCGUCUGCCUGCGUCUCUGGUGCUCCUGUCGUCUGGCUGUUAGCAAUUGUCCUACGCUACCGAGUGUGCGCCCGUCCCCACAUCGCCCGCUGCCCGCCCAACGCGAACACAGGCUCGCACGGAGGAAACGAUGCAGCGGCGAUCGGUGCCCUGGCCCCACCCUCCCCCAGUCAUCGCUCGUAACCGCCGCGCCGCGUCGCUACUUGUUCAGGGCAGGCCCGACGAGCUCUGCUGGAGGCGACGACUGGCAAAGGCAAAGUCUGCAGUACAUACUUGAUUGUGUUUUGAUCCAAUUCGCGCGCAGUGCUGCCCAACUAGCUGCUGCAACUGCUGCUAAAUCACAGAAUGGAAGACGAACAGGCUUCCGUUAUAUGGAUCGGCUUUCGAAUUCUUACUAUUGCUUCCCUCUGGAGAAGACAUACACUUGGUGA